AUGCCCCUGCGUGGGCGGUCGUCCCACUCCUACUGUUCCUCUGGCUCGGCGGCCUUCUCGUCCAGUCGUACAGGUCACGCCGCCGCCGCCUCCCCCUCCCCCCGGGGCCCCCCGCGGCUCCCGAUCAUCGGCAACCUGCACCAGGCGCCGCAGGUGUACCCGUGGCGGGUGUACCAGGAGUGGACACGGCAGUACGGCCCCGUGUUCAGCCUGCAGUACGGGAUGAACACGGUCAUCAUGCUGGGCACGUACCAGGCGGCGCACGAGCUGCUGAACAAGCGCAGCCACAUCUACAGCUCGCGGCCCCGCGCCGUCAUGGGCGGCGAGUGUCUCAGCCGCGGGCUGCGCACGCUGCUCAUGCCCUACGGCCAGCAGUGGCGCAACCACCAGCGCUUGCAGGCCUCGUACCUCAACGUCCGCGUCUCCCAGAGCUACCGCGGCGUCCAGGACCUCGAGAGCAAGCAGCUCCUCUACGAGUUCCUGUCGCCCGGCGUCGACUUUGUGGACCGCUACCACCGCUACUCGUCGAGCGUCAUCUUCGCGCUGGCGUACGGCCGCCGCCUCCCCAACGGCGACGAACCCGAAAUCCUGGCCAUUGACGAAGUCAUGAAGAACUUUCUCUACGCCGCCCGCGUCGGCACCUGGCUGGUCGACGCGGUCCCCAUUCUGAACUACCUGCCGAAAUUCCUCGCGCCGUGGAGACGCCUCGGUGACCGGCUGCACAAACUCGAGUCGACCCUCUGCAUCGACAACAUGACCAAGGGCCUCGACUCGGCGUCGUGGAACUGGUCCAAGCACGUGUCGGGCAUGAAAGAGGGCCGGGACAUGUCGACCAAGGAGCUCGCGUACGACGUGGGCAUCAUCUACGAGGCCGGCAGCGACACGACGUCGAUGGCGCUCGAGAUCUUCACGCUGGCCAUGCUCGUGUACCCGGACGUGAUGAAGAAGGCGCAGGCCGAGAUCGACGCGCACGUCGGCGACGACCGCCGGUUACCCGGGUUCGAGGACAGGGACUCGCUGCCGUACAUGGACGCCAUGAUCAAGGAGGUGCUGCGCUGGCGGCCCGUCAGCGCGGGCGGCAUCCCCCACGCCGUCAUCCAGGACGACGAGUAUCUCGGCUACCGCAUCCCCGCGGGCGCGACCGUCAUCGGGAACCACUGGUCCAUCCACCUCGACGAGGACGUCUACCGGGACCCGCACGCCUUCAACCCGGACCGCUGGAUCGAGGACCCGGCCCUCCCGCUCGCCCCUUUCGGCUUCGGCCGCCGCGUCUGCACCGGCCAGCACCUCGCCCGCAACAGCCUCUUCAUCAACAUGGUCCGCAUCCUCUGGGCCUUUGACGUCGUCCACGCGUACGAGUCCGUCCCCGAGAUCGACCCUCACACCGGCCGCACCGUCCUCGUCAGGCGCAGAUGCGAAGUCGACCCCCUCGCCUUCACGCAGGGCCUCAAUUCAAAGCCCUUGCCGUUCAGGGCCGAGUUUAAAGUCAGAUCGCCCGAGAGGGCCCAGAUUAUCCGAGAGGAGUGGGACAAGGCGGAGAAGAGGCUUGAUGUGCUGUUGGAGAGCAUCCGCGCUGAUGUCAGUGGGAGUGGGAAAUGA